AUGGGGCCAGACAGAGUCUCUUCAGCCUUGGAGCCAACUACCGGCGCCGACCAACCCGAAACAGAACCUUGCAAACCGAUCAACUACUGGACCGGACUCGACACGACUCUGCUCCUGAAGAGGCUGAAGCAGGAGGGAGACUCAGAUCAAAGUCAAACCUGCUCCACGACUCUGCACGUCCAGCAGCUGCAGAGGCUCCACAGGCUCCUGGCCUCAGAUUACCCAGAAUGCUCUGAGGGUGAGGAGCUGAGCACAGAGGUUCUGAACAUCACCCUGGACUUCCUGAAGAAGAUGGACCAGGAGCAUCUGGCCCAGCGUCUGCAGAACUGUACGACCAACCCAAACCCACAUACAACAGGGACUGAAGUUGGAGUUCACUGUGAGAAACUGAAGAGGCAUCUGCAGCAGAGAUUCAGUCGUGUGUUUGAGGGCGUGGCUAAAGCAGGAGACUCCGCCCCCCUGACCCAGAUCUACACAGAGCUCUACAUCACAGAGGGCGGAGCCUCAGAGGUCAACCAGGAACAUGAGGUCAGACACAUGGAGACGGCGUCCAGGAGACCGGCCGCUCCAGAGACCAUCACAUGUGAAGAGCUCUUUAAACCCCGCCCACAUUCACCACAGCCAAUCAGAUUAGUGCUGACGAAGGGCGUGGUCGGUGUGGGGAAAACAGUGCUGACUCAGAAGUUCAGUCUGGACUGGGCUGAAGGCCGGGCCCACCAGGACCUCCAGCUGCUGUUCCCGUUCACUUUCAGAGAGCUCAAUGUGCUCAGAGACACACAGUUCAGCCUGGUGGAGCUGCUGCACCACUUCUUCAGUCCAUCCAAAGAUCUCUGCAGCUUCCAACAGCUCCAUGUGCUCUUCAUCUUUGACAGUCUGGACGAGUGCAGACUUCCUCUGGACUUUGGCCGAACCCGGGUCCUGACCGACCCCACAGAGUCCGCCUCAGUGCACGUGCUGCUGGUGAACCUCAUCAGGGGGAGCCUGCUUCCCUCCGCUCGCCUCUGGAUAACCACGCGCCCCGCCGCGGCCAAUCAGAUCCCUGCUGAGUGCGUCUCCAUGGUGACAGAGGUGCGAGGGUUCACCGACCUGCAGAAGGAGCAGUACUUCAGGAAGAGGUUCAGAGACCAGGCCACAGCCGUCAUCUCCCACAUCAAGAGCGUCCGCAGCCUCCACAUCAUGAGCCACAUGCCGAUCUUCUGCUGGAUCCUCUCCACAGUUCUACAGAAGCUUCUGGAACAAACAGAGGAACCAGAGCUGCCCUGGACUCUCACACAGGUGUACGUCCACUUCCUGGUGGUGCAGGCCAAAGUCCAGAACAUCAAGUAUCACCAGGGAUCAGGGGAAAACCUUCGCUGGACUCCAGAGACCAGGGAGAUGGUGAAGUCUCUGGGAAAACUGGCCUUUGAGCAGCUGCAGAAAGGAAACCUGAUCUUCUACGAGAGUGACCUGAGCGAGUGUGGGCUGGACGCUGCAGCGGCCUCAGUGUACUCCGGAGUGUUCACACAGGUCUUUAGAGAGGAGCCAGCCCUGUACCAGGACAAAGUCUACUGCUUCAUCCAUCUGAGUGUACAAGAGUUUCUGGCUGCUCUUCAUGUCCAUCAGACCUUCUUCAGCUCUGGAGAGAACCUGCUGGAGACACCACACUCCUCUAAGAGUCCAGACCCUAAAGCCUUCUACUGCUCUGCUGUGGACCAGGCCUUACAGAGUCCAAACGGACACCUGGACCUGUUCCUGCGCUUCCUCCUGGGGCUGUCUCUGCCGACCAAUCAGAGGCUGCUGUGGGGUCUGCUGACUCACACAGGAAGUGAACGGACCAGUCAGAGGACAGUAAAGUACAUUAAACAGAAGCUGGAUGAAGAGGGUCUGUCUGCAGAGAGAAGAAUGAACCUGCUCCACUGUCUGAACGAACUCAACGACCACAGUCUGAUGAAGCAGAUGCAGUGGUACAUGAGAGGAGGACGUUUCUCUGAUAGACACAUGUCUCCUGCUCUGUGGUCUGCUCUGUCCUUCGUCUUACUGUCCUCAGACUCAGACCUGGAGGAGUUUGACCUGAGGAAAUACCAGGGCUCAGAGACAGCUCUCCUGGGUCUGCUGCCGGUGGUCAGAGCCUCCACCAAAGCCCUUCUUUGUGGCUGUGGCCUGUCCCCUCACAGCUGUGGUCCUCUGGCCUCAGUCCUCAGCUCCUCCAGUCUCACACAUCUGGAUCUCAGUCACAACGACCUCCAGGACUCAGGAGUGGAGCUGCUGUGUUCUGGACUGAAGAGCGCCCCCUGCAGACUGGAGAUGCUCAGGCUGUCUGGAUGUCUGGUCUCAGAGAGGGGCGGGGCUGCUCUGGCCUCAGCUCUGAGCUCCGCCCCCUCCCACUUCAGAGAGUUGGACCUGAGCUACAACCAUCCAGGACCCUCAGCAGAGCUCCUGACCGCUCUACGGGACCAGCGCCCCCUGCUGUCUGUCAGGUUGGAUCCUGCUGGAGAGUGUUGGAUGGUCCCAGGUCUCAGAAAAUACUCCUGUGAGUUCUCUCUGGACCCAAACACAAUUCACACAAUUCUCAAACUGUCUGAGGAGAAACAGGAAGUCACCUGGAUGAGAGAGGAGCAGCUGUAUCCAGAUCAUGAGGACAGAUUCACAGACCAGACUCAGGUCCUGAGCUCCACUGGCCUGAGGGGGCGCUGUUACUGGGAGGUGGAGUGGAGAGGGGGGGUCGAUAUAGCAGUGAGCUACAGAAGAAUCAGACGGAGAGGAGUAAGAGAGGAGAGUAAAUUUGGAGAAAAUGAUCAUUCAUGGUGUCUUCGAGUCAUGAAUGGACGAUACACUGUCGUCCACAACAGCACAGCAAGAUACUCUCCACGAGGACCUUCAGUAGUAGAUGAUGUGUCCGUUGGCAGAGUGGGUGUGUUCCUGGACACUGAGGUUUUAUCUUUGUCCUUCUAUGACGUCCACCCUGAUGGAGAACUGUUCCAUCUCUACACUUUCACUUCCUCUUUCACUGAGCCUCUGUUCCCUGGGUUUGGGCUGUGGUGGGAUAAGAGUUCAGCGUCUGUGGUGAAAGUGAAAACACAGUGACAUAAAAGAAGGAUUCUGUGUAACUUUAUGACUUUGUGAAGUGUGUGUGGU